AACGUGGUUGACGUCACCAUCAGGGUUUCACGAGCUGGUCUCAGAUCAGUAGGAAAAUCCCAACGCUGUUUGCUGGACUUGGCGGUUUAUUUUGAUUGUGUUCGGAGUGAAUAUGUAGCUCACACGCGUUUUAACAGAUUUUCUUCACUAUUUUUUUUAUUCAAAAGCUCAAUUUCGGUCCAAAACAAUGGAUGAACAAUCGCGAGCUAUUUUACAGCGGAUUUUAAGGAAACUCCCCGGAAAAAAGACCCAGAACACACUGAGAGUCUGGGGCUGUUUAUCAGCUGAGCAGCUCCAGGAUCUGGACUUCACUCAACCAAAAUGGCUUCUUUUAGAGAAUAUCAUCUCUAAAUGUGAGGAAAGCAGGCUACGUUUAAAAGACGUGACGAAGCUGGAAAUGGUCUAUCACGUAGAGAACCCGAAUCAAGGAACAUGGCACGCCUAUAAACUCGCCGAGGCAGAAGAUGAAGCCCUUUCAGUGGAUUUCACACAGUUUAAGGAGAUGUUUAUAUCUCACUUGGAGGAAGUCGUCCAACACGUCUCCAUCAGGAUGAAGAAGCAGGAGGACGACGCUGUGUGGAUCCGGAUCGCUUGGGGUGAUAAUUUCACCAAACCCAACCACCUGAAGCCGACAUACGCGGUUCAUUACCUUCAGACUCCCUACGUGUUCAUCCUCAAUCUCGCCUCUAAACACAAGCCUUUUCUAUAUCAGGCUUUGGUCCUGUCCACCCGGCACGCAGCGAUAAACGAAGCUCACCUCACAGGUAGAAGUCUCACCGCCCUGCGAGACCUUCUCAUGAAGCAGUAUCAGCAGGUUUUCCCAAACCAGAACAGGACCUUAAAGGAAAGAAACAUCUCUCCAUCACACCCCAAUAUCGAUAAAGAGCAUGCCGAGGUAGCUGAGAGAACCCGUCAGAUGGCCUGCGAGGCUUUCGGUGACGGGGCGGUGCCUAAACUGGAAACCGCCGUUUACAAGCUCGAAACCAGGUACCGAGGCGGCAGUAGCGACGCACCCGGCGACCGAGACGAGCUCUUCAGGGGCGUGGUCAAAUUCUCCAGCCCCAACCUCCUGGAGUCUCUCCGGCACUGCGUGUCCACUGGCAUGUCUGAAAGCCCCGUCACUCCACUCUUAUCCUCCAUCACACAGAAAGGAAGAAACUACUUCGUGAUCGCAGAGAAAGUUCCAGGAGCCGCGAGCCAGACGCCUGCACACACGACUUAACAUGAUUCAUACCCAAACGCUCUUCAUGGUCUUGAUGUUCUUAUGAUGUUCUUAUGCUGUUGUUUUUGUUUUUUGUUUUUUUUACACUUUAAACCCUGUUCAAAUGUAAUAAUUUUAA